UUGCCCUCCUGUGUCUCGGCCACAGGGAGCAGGCGGCCGCGGUGCUUCGCCGCCACCUGGUGGCCGGAGGCGGGAGGCGUCCGCUCCAGGAGCUCAGUUGAAGAUGGCGACUGGAGUCCUUCAGAGAGUCCGCGGAGGCUUGGGUCCGGCUACUUUCAGGGCCCACUCGGUCGGACAGGUCGUGGUCUGGGUCAGGUGCGCGGUCAUCGUCGUGUGUGCUCUGUUGUCGUUUCCGAAGCAGCGUUUGCCACGUCCAGCAGCAGAGAAAGAGAGGACAGCUGGUUCAAAUCCCUGUUUGUGAGGAAGGUUGAUCCUAGAAAGGAUGCACACUCCAACUUAUUGACCAAAAACGAGGAAAGCAACCUCUAUAAAAUUCAAUUCCAUAACGUCAAGCCAGAGUGCCUGGAUGCAUACAACAAACUCUGUGAGGAUGUUUUGCCCUCUAUACAUGCUGAUAAGUACUAUCCCUGUGAGCUGGUGGGAACCUGGAAUACCUGGUAUGGAGAACAAGACCAGGCUGUUCAUUUGUGGCGUUACAGAGGUGGAUAUCCAGCUCUGACAGAGGUGAUGAACAAGCUCAGGCAGAAUAAGGAGUUUACAGCUUACAGGAAGGAGCGCGGAAAGAUGCUUCUGUCCCGCAGAAAUCAGCUCCUGCUAGAGUUCAGCUUCUGGAACGAGCCUGUUCCACGAGAGGGCCCCCACAUCUACGAGCUCAGGUCCUACCAGCUCAGGGCAGGAACCAUGAUCGAGUGGGGUAAUUACUGGGCCAGAGCCAUCGGAUACCGCCAGGCCAACAGUGAGGCUGUGGGAGGGUUUUUCUCACAGAUCGGUAAUCUCUACAUGGUUCAUCACCUCUGGGCUUACAAAGAUCUUCAGUCCCGAGAAGAGACGAGGAACGGAGCCUGGCAGCAGGAGGGCUGGCAUGAGGCGGUCUAUUACACGGUUCCUCUCAUUCAGCACAUGGAUUCAAGGAUCAUGAUCCCAACAAAGGCUUCUCCACUGCAGUGA